AUGGAUUAAUAGUAAAUAGUUAAGAAAAAGAGGUCGAGGUCUUAAAAGGACAAUGGGGAUUCUAUUCCUGCAUUUUUAUUAAAGACAUAUGAGAUAAUAGAUGUAAAAUUGAUGUGCAAUUCAUAGAAUCCCAGCAAUUAAGAUGUGAUUAGUUGGAAUGAGGAAGGAAAUGCAUUUAUAGUUAAAAAAGUGAAUGAGUUUUCAGAUGUAAUCCUACCAAGAUCUUUCAAACACAGCAACUUUGCGUCGUUCGUUCGACAAUUAAAUAUGUACGACUUUCACAAGACAAGACACGACAAUAAUGAAAAUGAAUUUAAACAUAAGUUAUUUUAAAGAGGAAAGAAAGAUUUAUUGAGCUAAAUUAAACGAAAGACAAAUGAUUAGAAAGAACAAAAUUCCUUGACUCUCAUCAAAACUGAUAUUGUGAGAAAUGGGAAUUAGGAAAUUCCAGAAGUUCUAGAUUUUAGUUAUUAAUAGAUAUCUCAGCAAAUGUCCAGAAUGUAGAAUAAAUAGUCAGAACUUGAAAAAUUAAUGAAAAUUCUUAUUAAAUAAAAUGAGAAAAUUUUGAAGGAAAAUAAAUAUUUAUGGACAGAACUGAUGAAGAAUAAGCAUAAAAAUGAGAAUUCUGAAGAAUAAAUAAUGAAGUGGGUGCUAUAAUCAUUACAAGGGAACAACAAUAAGAGUGGAAAACAUAAAAACAUCUAAAAUAACAAUCUGUUGAUGAUUAAGUAAGCAAGUGAAAAUGAUGAUGAAAUGUAGAAUGAAUUCUAACACCAAAAAUACAUUGAAAAUGAAAAAAAUGCUUUGGAUUAACUCCCAUAACAAAUACUCAAAUCGAAUUUCGAAUAAUAAAUAGAAUAAUUGUCUAAGACUCAAAUCAUCUAAAUAUUAAUGAAUGCAGUGGCUAAUAAUUAGAAGUAGGAGAAGAAGAAUGCUUUUAAAUAUGAGGAUGAGGAGGUUAGUUUUGAAGAGGAAUAUCCAAUAACUAAGAAAUUGGAUUUAAAAAAAGAGAAUGAAGAGAAGAAGUAGGACAAUCAACUCAUGAUAUAUAGUGAUCCCUUUUCAUUUCACAAAAUAGAUGAGAACUUUCUAAUAGCAGAAUCACCUAAUUUAAGUAGAAAGAAUUCUUUUUAUGAUCAAGAACCUAUCCCUCAAUUUUAUGAAUAUUGAAUAUGAAACUCAUUAUUAUCAUGUUUCUUGUAUAUAUACAUUUAUAU